AUGGCGAGCUCGCAGUGUCUCCGUCUUCGACCCCUCGUUUCGGGCCUUGCUCGUCCCUCGGCCAAGCUCCAGAGGCUACCCACCGUUGCGGCGCGAUUCAAGUCGGGUCCUUAUGGCUACACCCAGGCAAAGGCGCUCGUCUUCUCCAAGUAUGGCGAGCCCUCUGAUGUGCUCCAACUCCACCGACACUCCAUCUCCCCCUCCAUCCCCUCCAACUCGGUCCUCGUCCGAUCUCUCGCCGCUCCCAUCAACCCCGCCGAUAUCAACACCGUUCAGGGCACCUACGGCUCCAAGCCACCCUUUACCUCUCUAAUUGGCACCGCAGAGCCCUCUGUCGUCCCCGGCAACGAGGGUGUCUUUGAGGUUGUGUCAGUCGGCUCCUCCUCUUCUUCUCUGCAAAAGGGCGACUGGGUCAUCCCCGCCAUCGGCCAGUUUGGUACCUGGAGGACGCAUGCUGUCGACGAAGCCGACAAGUUCAUCAAGAUUGAAAAGGAAGGCUUGACCCCUGCGCAGGUCGCGACCGUCAGUGUGAACCCUUGCACGGCCUACCGUAUCUUGCGCCACUACGGCCCCAAUGCCGGUCCCAAGGCGGGCCUGGGUAUGCGCCCUCUCGAGGUCAACAGCGGACAGUGGUUCAUCCAGAACGGUGCCAACUCUGGUGUUGGCCGAGCAGCUAUCCAGUUUGGCAAGCGCUGGGGUCUGAGGAGCAUCAACGUCGUCCGUGAUCGCGAUACUCCCGAGGCGACUGAGGCUCUCGUCAAGGAACUCCAAGACCUUGGAGCCGACAUUGUCGUGACUGAGUCCAAGUUCCUCUCCCGUGAAUGGAGGGAUCAGCUCGCGGAAAUCACCCGAGGUGGCCGCGAGGAGAUCGGCCUCGGCCUCAACUGCGUCGGAGGCAAGUCGGCUACUCAGAUCGCCCGAGCCCUCGGUGAGGGCGGCAGCAUGGUCACCUAUGGCGGCAUGGCCAAGCAGCCCGUGUCCCUGCCUGUCGGUCUCCUAAUCUUCAAGGAUAUCCGCUUCGUUGGCUUCUGGCUGAGCAAGUGGAACGAGCGUGACCCUGCCGGUCGCAAGCACAUGAUCAACGACAUCCUCGAUAUCGUCCGCGCAGGCCAGUUCCGUGACGUCCCUAUUGAUGAGGUCAAGUGGGAUUGGGAGACGGAAGAGGAGACACUCCGCAACGCUGUUCAGCAGGGUCUUCAGGGAUUCCGCAAUGGCAAGGGCGUCUUUGUCUUCGGAGAGACAUAA